AUGCCGAAUGGAACGAUUUUAACGGAGAAGGAGCGUGAUAAAAUCGAUGUUUUGAAGGAGGAAGGAUUUUCUCUCCGCGAGAUAGCGCGUAGAAUUGAAAGGAGCAGAGAUGCCGUGACAAACUAUAUCCGGUUGGGUGCUCAGUACGCCACAAAGAAGCGUCCCGGACGACGUCCUCGCUUAACAGAUAGGGAUAAACAACAUAUCAAGCGCCUCGCUGUUGAGUCUAAACUUUCAUCAGCAAAAAUAAAAGCUGAAAUGAAUAUUACAGUAACCAGUCGUCGUAUCCGUCAAGUUCCAAGCUCCGACGCGAACCUUUCGUACAGGAAAUCCGUACCUGUACCGCGACUACUUCCUCGGCAUAAGAAGGCACGACUGAAUUUCGCCGAGAAAUUCCAAUUCGGCGAUAAAGAGUAG